AUCAGUGUGAGAUGCCGAGGGAACCGGGUGGAGGUCAUCCGGAGAGGGAUAGGAAACGUCUUCACUUUGCCAAAGAAUACAUGACCGGACUGCGCCAGGAAAGAGCUUCUCCCCCGCGCCCCCCCUCUGCAAGGUAGCCGUGCCUUGACCCGCCAUGGACCGCAACGACUCCCGCCCUCUGCUCUCCAGGGAGCAGCUCAUCUACGCCAUCACCGUGCCGCUGUCGACCUGCAUCGUCUUGGCCAACCUGGUCAUCAUCCUGGGCAUAGCCUGGAACCGCCGGCUCCACAACACGCCCAACUACCUCUUCCUCAGCCUGCUGGUGGCGGACCUGUGCACCGGCGUGGCGCUGCCUUUCAUCCCCCUGAUGGGCCUGAACCGGGAGUUGAGCUCGGGCUCCUGCCUGGUGGCUCACUUUUUCCCAAACUUCCUCUUCCUGGCGUUCCUUUUCAACCUGGUGAUGGUGCACUAUGAGCGCUACAUCUGCAUCGUCGACCCCUUGCAUUACGGCAACUUGUGGAUGCACCGCAGCUUCCCGCUGGCGCUGCUCGCGGUGUGGGCGCCGCCGCUGCUGUACGCCUCCCUCCCGGCCUUCGGCUGGAACAACUGGACGGCGAGCGGCCCAAACGCGACGGCCCCUUCGAGCUGCCCGCCGAACCGAACCGCGUGCUGCUCGUACAGGCGGGUGUUCCCCAACGCGUUCAUCUACCUGGAGGUGUACGGGCUGGUCCUGCCCGCCAUACUGGCCAUCGGCGGCAUGACCGGCCGCGUCCUGUGGAUCACCCGGGGCCAGCUGAGGGACAUCUGCCGCCUCCAUCGCUCGCUGGAGCGGGGCCGCCGGGCCUCGGACCGCGAGCACAGGCUGAACCUGCGCUACGCGCGCUGCGUGGCGGCCGUGUCGGUGACCUUCCUGGCGUGCUGGGUGCCGCAGCUCAUCUACAUGCACGUGUGCAUCGCGUUCUUGAUCAGCGACACCAGGUGGAGCUCCACCACGCACAUCGCGCUGUCGUGCGCCGGCGUCGGCAGCGUGGCGGUGGUGCCGCUGGUGCUCGGCCUCGCCAACAGGCAGUACACGGAGCCCGCCUGCACGCUCCUCCGCAGAGCCCGGGACAGAUGGUGCAAGGGUCAAGGGCGGGGGAGGGGGGGGCGGUCGGAGGAAACAGUGGGGAAUGUUUAGCAAAGAUGAACCUGCAGGAAACAAUGUUUCCUCACAAUUUAGUUCUCUUAAGUUUUACCGGCACAAGUGAUAAAACGGUCCUUUACAUUUUCAUCAUGGCCCACAAAAAUAAUCGAAUAAAUUUCUCAGCGUGACCGUUUGAUGGGGUUUGUCGAAAGAUCUAUAACGGAAAACAUGCUGUGCAAUUUGUUUCCCCAAAUCGGGAGGAGUGAGUGUACAGUGCGUGGGUGGAAAAAGAGACUUUGAUCCAAUUAAAUGAGGAGGGAUGAGAUAUCAUCAGGUCAGGUGACACUGUGUCGCUGGAGAAGGUUGACAUCACUGGAGGACUUCCCAUAGUGUCUGGACUCUCUGUGUGUUUAUGUAAAUGAAUAAGAGGGCAGACGUGUUCUUCGUGACGCUUUAUUUAUUAACUGUGCUUGAAUCUAAGUAUUUGACAGUAAACUCUGAUGCUGA